AUGUGUGAAUCUAUCCCCUCAGUUACGCUGUGGGGUACGACCCAACUCACAUCAACCAUAACCACCUCGACAAUCCUCACAACCCGAGUCGCCCAGUCUACCAGACUACUCACGAGCCAAGUAGUGACUCGAGAAAUCAUAACAAGCUUGGUACCUCAACAAACAUUGUACUAUCCAUGUUCCGAUUCUGAAGGUUCUACGCAGUCUGCUAGGCCCGCUCCGGCGCAGAGUAGACCUGCGACAACGCAAGGAGAGGAUGAAGGCUCGGUGGAUCCAAAUGCUACUGGACAGUUUACUGGGUCGUUACCUACUCAAACUAGAGCUACGACUAAAAGUUUAAGUUUCACUUCGCCUACUAUCAAGUCUACUUCCAUUUCUUCAUCUUCAACGAUUGAAAAUUCAGCAGCAUACACCUCUUCCGCUUCUGCUUCUUCUUCGUCACCCAUUGAGAAUGGUGAAGGAUCCACCGACUCUUCAACUACCAAAUCGAAUAAUUCCGGUAUCAUCGCAGGAGCAGCCGUAGGUGGUAUAUUCGGAAUGAUCCUUCUUGUCAUCAUCUUGAUGUGUUGUCAGAAAAGAAGAGCUAGAAGGAGGAGGAUUGGAAGUGCAGCUGGAAAGGAUUGGAAUGAUACCUCCGGAGGUGGAGGUGGGAACGGGGACGGGAAUGAUUAUUGGGAAAGAAGGUUUAGGGAGAUCGAAUCUGCCAAUUCGUCGCGAGGAAAUGGACUAGGACUGAAUGGGAUGGAAGGGGGAAGAGGUGAGAAGGAGAAGGGGGAAUGGGAUAGUCAGACUAGUAAAAAAUUGAGGUUGACCCUCGAUCUAGGUUCUAAAGAUCUGCCUUCAAGACCGCCCUCCAGACUAUCUAUGAUCUCCUCUUUUUUCGGAGGUCGAAUGACCCCCACACCCAACAUAAUGGCUUCACCUUACCACUCUCAUAGUCGUACAGGAUCGACGCCCACCUUGAGAUCGACUUUCGGACAUGGGAAUGGGAAUCAAAGAUCUCGUCGACCAUCUACAAAAGGAAGUGGAAGUAGAUUCAGUUUUAAUCCUUUUCGUCGACAUCAGCAAAACAAACAUAGUUAUUCCAGUAAUCAAUUUCUAAGUCAAACCCAAUUCCCUAACCCUAAUCAAACACACAUGCGGAAUCACAGUAGAUCAAUGUCAUCGCCUUGGGUACAAGAGGAUUCGAGAUCUAGUAAAUCCGCCGGUACGGGUGGGAAUAAAUCAGCAGGGUUUUCCACCUCGAACAAAUCGCCUGGAGCGAGACCUUCGUUGGAAGAUGGAUAUCAUAAUAACAUUAAUAGGACGGGAUCGAAAUCCACUUCUCAAACUGCGAAAACCCGUGAGGAAAGACAUUCACAAUCUACAUUUGGAAAGACGAUGUCUUCACUUGAUCAACCGCCUAGUGCCACUUUAAAAGAAGAUCAUACUGUGAAUAACAACAACAAUAAUAACAACAAUAAUGGUAAUAGUACUUGGAGUCAUCAGUCUUCGAACUUCAGCCACAAUCCCGUACAGCUCCCACCACAAGCUAUGACUACCAACACGCAGAGUAUAUCUACCGCGGGAUUACCAGCAGUACGAGAGGGUCGGGUGAUUGAGUCACCGACAGAGGAAGACAUAGAAGAACGAAGGAAUAUGGAAUGGAUUCGACAUUCUACUAUACCCUCCGAUCAGGGCGAACGCGAAGAGACAUUAGACAAUACUGACAAAGAGAAAAUACAAGAGUUGAAAUCGCAAUUAGGUAUAGAUGAACUAGGUGAUCUACCUGAUAUAUCGAUUUUCAAGAAUCUCGACAAUCCCAAUGGAACCAAUAUGCCUCCGAAGCCUUAUUUAGGAUUUGGACAGUUCAAUCCUUCGAUAGGUAAUACCCCUCCUCAACUGGGUGCAAUAGGUACAUAUACUUCUUCCAACUCACAUUUAUCUGGUAUAUCAUCUAUUCCCUCUUUGCCACCUGCUACUACACGAGGUGGAUAUUCUUCUGGGAUAUCUUCUGUCGGAUCAUCUUCAUUCAUCCCUUUUGUACCCCCUCCUAAAGGCUUGGGUGGGAAUGGAACUGUCACUUCGCAUUUGUCAGGUAUAUCUUCCAAUGGGUCCGCGACAGGAACAGGAGGAUUACCCUUCAUACCUCCCAUCCGAGGUGGACAUGGUUCCCUAUCAGGUCUAUCAAUCACUCCUUCAACGGUACUUCCCCGAGGGUACCUAUCUGGUCUAUCAUCCGCUCAUUCAUUUACCAAUCGGACUAUCCGACCCAAAUCGCCCGAUUCAGUCUCUAUCCCUUCGGAUAUCAUCAUCAACGGUCAUGGUCAGGAAAGUUCACUACAGAGAAACAACUCUCAAUCUACCGUAUCAUCCUAUUCUACCCAUCCUGUAUCUCCUUACUCUACUCAACCAUCUUUCGGAGUCUCACGACCCAACUCUCAAUUCUCCGACUCGAAUACCAAUAGAAAUACUAGGACGUUAACUUUCUAUAGACCAGAAAGGAGAUCUUCAAAUGCUGGAUGUCCAUAUCCGUAUCCGCCAGUAUCAAGGAGAAGCUCAAGUAUAAAACUGAAACGUACACCCAGUGGACGAGUGGUAUCAUCAAUUGUACACAGAGAUUCAUCCCUUUUACCUUCUAUGCCAGGUAUGGGUAUGGGUAUACCCAACAAUAGGAAAUCGGCUUUUCAAGAUGCUGAUGAAGAUGGAUAUCCCGAUGGAAGUGGGAAUAUGGUAAUUGAUAUUCCAGCUUUACCUCUACCUCCUCCACCUGUAGGAGUAGGAGCAUCGAUACCAGAGAAGAUACCUUCUCCUCCACCUACUUCAUUCUUGAUACCUGAAAAUAUCAGUCGACGAUCCCUCAAGAACCUGAGAGAAUCGAAAGGUAAACAUGUCCCGAAGAUACGGUUGAGUCAAAGAGCCCUAACUCCAAGUUUAUGGAUUGAUGAAGAGCUCUUAGCGAGAUUCGCCGCAAGUCAGAAUGAUGGUGAUGAAGAGGGUUCAAAUGCCACUUUUGAUGAUACGAGUACGGUGAAACCUACGCCUGUGAAAGAGAAAAAUACGCAUUUGAGAAGCAAAAGUAAAGGUGAUGGGGAUGGCAGUAGACGUAAUUCAGUAAAGAAGGAUAAUACUUUUCCUCCACCAAGUCAGUCGACUAGAUCACGGACGGAUACUCAACUUGAUUCGGAAGAAAGACCUUUGAUAAGUCGAUUUUCUAAUUCUACUCAACCUACUAUAUCGAGGAACAAUAGCACGGCAAGUACCACUACGACCAUCAGUGGGGGAAGUUCGAUGAACGGGCCGGGCAACUUGGAGAACGUAUCGGUGUCGAUGAUAAACCCGAAUGUAAGUGUGAAUAACAAUCAGAUUCAAUCGAAUGAACGACCCAUCACUCCCUCACAACAUAUCAACACCUCCAAUGAAUCCGGAUCAUACCUUUUCGAACCAUCUUCUCUUACACCUCGACCUAGACCUAGACCUAAAUCAAAUCGAAAACAAAGUCUUUACGUUCCCAAAGAUAAGGGCAAAGGCAAGGCAAAAGAAAUAACAGUUCUAUCACCACAUACACCACCUAACAAACUACCUUUGUUCUCACCUCCUUUCCCUAAACCGCCUACUCCACCGUUACCCUUUUCCACUUGGGUACAGGAAUCUCAUUUUGCUUCGAGCAGUACUUCAACAUCGACUCAGCGAGGGGGGAAUAAGGAUUUUCGAUUCUCAAUUGAACAAAGACGUAAACAACAACAUCAAAAUCAAUCAAGUGAUUCUACAGAAGGACAAGGACGAUUUGGAACGAAUAAUGAAAGUGGAGGAGAUGGUAAUGGUAAAAGCGUAGUUACUCCUCAAUUACCAUUGUUAACUCUCGGUAGCUUAUCUACAAAUUCUUCUGUCACUGAUCUCAAUGUGAGAGAUGGGAAAGACGGGACGAACGAUUGGAGGUCGAAUAGGAAGAAAUCAGCUUAUGAGGAUGCUGAUGAAGGUGAGAAUGAUUUAUAG